AUGCAGGCAAACAUCGCCGAUCUCCAAUCGGACCUGCCGCUGCGACGCCCUCGACGCGCCUCGGUUGCUCCACACAAGUCGGGCGGACCCUGGAAACGAGCCCAACACCUUCCGCCACGACCGCGACCUUACGACCUCGCCUCCGUUGAACGGCCUACUCGGAAGACAGGAAGGGCUACGGCCUCGAGCGGCGAUCCGUCUUGGCGAUGCACUAGAGCGCUAUCGAACAAUCGACCAGCCAUGGCAUAUCUACCGCCGAUCCACACGCUCUGGGAGCACACAUCCCAUCCAUCAAAAGGAGCCUGGUCACGAUCCCCCUCGCCGGAGCCCGUCCACCACGAAGCCACAGCAGGGACCCAAGCAGGCCCGAGCACGCAGCUGACGCCCGCUCGCCAGGCAGCCGUGCAACGUCGGCUCAUACGUCAGUCCACGCGUGGCGACCACCUGCCUGCGCGGACACGGAGCGCGGAGCAAGCGCGCAUGCUUCGUGCGCUCAAAGGCUUUCCACCCAUGGGCAGCUCAGCGGAGGCGGACCAGCUGAGCGAUUUGGAGGAGUCGAUCGAAGUGGGAAAGUAUCAGAUGGUGCGCUUCGGCGAGCGGUACAUUGUGCAGAUCGGAAGGCGCCGCACCAUGCGCGAGGAGGAGCUAUCCAACGAGGAAGACGAUGGUCGCCGAGCCGCCAUGUCGGCCGUUGACGCCGGCCUCUCCAUCGGCGCAGAGGGAGCUGUACUAACUGCAGAGGACGGCUCGGUGCUCGCCGACAACGAGAGCGGCUCCAUCCCAUUUGUAGGCGGGCAUACGGGACACGCAGCACAGGCGGCGCUGGAACAACGACAAAUUGCGGCAGCGGAAAGAAGAGCGAGGGAAGCGGAAGCAGAGGCCAACAGAGCAGCAGCAGCAGCGGAAGCAGCGCGCAGCCAGGCCGAGCGUCAGGCGGCUUUCCAGGAGGAGGAGGACGCGGUGGAUUUGGACGGCGAUAUCGAAGACUUAGAUGAGGGCGACGAAGACGUCGACUUUGAUUGA